UCAGUCAGUACAUGAUCGUCGCUCGAUCAGGUAACAUUACAACGAUUUGCACGAGAGUUGCUCGGAGUUUGCGUAUCCAAACUACAAAAACGUGUUUUUUGGCCGAUAGCUAUCAUAAUUCAACAGCCGACUUUAUUCUUUUGUGUCUGAAUACGUCCCGAAGUGUUACUAGUUCGUUUUUAGUGGUAUUUAGUGAUUGUUUUUGUUGGGUUUUUGUGUUUAUGUCUAGUGCGUGUCAUGAUUUUUUUCUUUUUUGUUGAGACUUAUGAGGAAUGAUGGAUUAUGAGGAUUUGUAAUACACAGGCUCUAGAGCUAUCAAACUAGCUGCCCCUGUCGAGCGUCCGUCACUCGAAUCUAGUCACAGAAACCAGGAAAUUUUUGGUAGCACGCGCGCGCGCUGCGUACAGCGCAUCAUCCGUCAAACUGGCAGCCAGCGCUCUCGCCUCAAUGAAUCCUCAUUAUCAUCCUUACGGGGGUCCAGAAUUAACGUCCCCACAUCCCCCUUCCCCAGAUAACAGUAAUUACCAUGGACAUCCGGGACCCGGGGGACCUCCGCAUGCCAGAAUGCAUGCAACCAAUGGACAUCCCAUAGGAACCAUAGGCCACGGCGGCGGACCACACGAUCAGCAUCCUCACACCCACCACCAACACCCGGCGUUCACCAGUGCCGGACCACCAUCGGACGGCCCCCACCUCCCACACCACAAUCCAUCGAUAACGAACAACAAUAACAACAAUAAUAACAACACAGUGAAAGUUUGCGCGGGUUGUGGCGGCAAAAUAGUAGAAAGAUUUUUACUGCACGCGUUGGACCGGUAUUGGCACAAUAGCUGUCUAAAGUGUUCGUGUUGUGCGGCGAUGUUGGCCGAUUUGGGAGCGUCGUGUUUUACGAAAGGAGGGAUGAUUCUUUGUAAGCAGGACUAUAUGAGGAUAUUCGGCAACACGGGCGCCUGCUCGGCGUGCGGGCAGUCAAUUCCAGCCAACGAACUUGUGAUGCGAUCGGGGGGCCCAUCCAUUCAACAACCCGGCGCUCCUCCGCACGUUUUCCACCUCAAAUGCUUCAUGUGCAGUAAAUGCCUCAGUCCUUUGGUGCCAGGAGACAGGUACUACAUGUUAUCAGGAAGUCUAGUGUGCGAGCAGGACUGGCACAAACUGCUCAAAAGUACCGCAGCAACGACACCGACAGUACGCAAAGGAAAGGUGGGACGACCGCGUCGUAGUCGUGAUUGAAAUGACGCCUUCUUUGAUGCUGUUGAACCGUUAUAGCCGGGCGAUACAGGGACGUGCAAUAUUUUUUCGAAAAAGAAGCGUUCCCUAGACUUUCCAUUCUUUGGUUCAGACACCACACCCCUCACCCAAUCCUGCGUUACGUUUUUUCGGAUGAAUUUUCGAAAAUCGAGCUCAAAGUAUGCUGGAAGUGAAUUAAGAAGACAUGACAUGACGUUCGAUGAAAGACUAGUGAAGUUUGGGUAAAUAUUAAGAAAAUGAGAAUAUUGAAACUGUUGGUAGGUUUAAAUAGAUUUAUCAACAUAACUCUUGAGGAAAACUAUAUAAAUUUUAUCGUAAACGUAUUAUUGAUAAGAUUGCCAAAAAAAGUUCAUGCAUCUGUUGAUAUCGCAGCAAAACUACUGUAUUCGUUUCUUGUCAGUCUGGCAUUGGGAAGAUUUGAAUCAGACCUUUGUUGGAUAUUCAGUCUUGUCCAAAAUUUCAUCUAGAACUUUUGUAUAAAAUUUUUAUUAAAAACAAUCCUUUAUAAGCGGUAUAUUUAUCAAAAAGACCCUUUCAGACUACAUCGCAAAACGUUUUCGGAAUUACACCUCCAUCAUCUGUGCUGCUGACAAGGUACACAUGGCUUAUAGGUCCGGUUUCACCAACAACAAAUAAAUCAAUGAAUCUAUUCGUCGAAUAAAUUUUAUUAGACGUUUAAAUUUGUCUCACAAUAAAACAAUGAAAAACGUUUGUUUUUCUAUACUUCCACAAAAUUUAUUACAACUAUGUUAUUACUACAGCUGUUUCGGCAAAGUGCCUUUCUCAAGUGAUAUAUUUAACAAUGUGUUUGCCUUUUUAAGUCUUUAACUGAAGAUGUUGAGGAGUGGGGAGCUGUUUAUCUCGAGUUGGUCAUUCAGAAUUAUAUCUGUAUUUUUCAAUUUAUUAAUUUCCAUUGAUAGAUAGAUAGAUUUAUUUAACUACUUUACAAAAAAAAAUUGUUUGUAGCAAGUCAAAAUUACAAAGUCAAAAUAAGGAAUAUAAAAAUUACAAGGUAUAUAAAAUCACAAGGUAUAUAAAACAGAAAUAUAAAACACAACUUAUAAAUAUGUAUCACAAACAUAUUUGAUUCUAAAAAUUAAUAAAUUGAAAAAUACAGAUAUAAUUCUGAAUGACCAACUCGAGACAAACAGCUCCCCACUCCUCAACCUCUUCAGUUAAAGACUUAAAAAGGCAAACACAUUGUUAAAUAUAUCACUUGAGAAAGGCACUUUGCCGAAACAGAUGUAGUAAUAACAUAGUUGUAAUAAAUUUUGUGGAAGUAUAGAAAAACAAACGUUUUUCAUUGUUUUAUUGUGAGAUAAAAUGAACUUCCAUCAAGUAACGGUCGAAUCCAUCAAUUGUUUAAAUUUGUAUUUUGUUUUAAUAUAAUUUUGAAAAUAUAAAGUUAAACUGACGAAUUUACUUUCUUAUAGAUAGAUAUUUACAGCGAGAUUAACUUGCCAAUUUACUCCAAGAGUAAACAUUAAUUUGAUAAAUAAAUAAGUCGUAUUUGACGUUAGUAAAAUGGAGAAAAGCCAGUUUAUUGGUCGAAUAACUUUAUUCAUAGAAUAAACUACUAUUUGUCGUUGGUGGAACCGGCCCUAAGCCAUUAAAAAUAUCUGGGUGAAAACCCUUUAAAUAGUGUAAAGUUAUUAUAAUGGUACAAUAGAUGGUAUAUUAUAAUUGCAAUAAUAUAAUUGGGCAACCCACAUAGUUGGUAGUAUUGCGUUGCCAUGAUAUAAAAUCAAGUAAAAUUUCAAACAUCACAUAAUUUGACAUUAUCUACAACAAUGUGACAUUAUAAUAACUUUACACAAUUUACGGGCUUUUCACCCAGAUAUUUUUAACUCAACCAUAUAUACCUUGUAAGCAGCACUGUUGAUGGAAUUGUCUUACCGAGAACGCACUGUGAUCUAGCCCGAAAGGGCCUUUUUAAUUAAUAUACCUUUUAUAGAGGUUUUUGUGAUUUUUUAAUAAAUUUGUGCGAUUUAUGGCAUACAGCCUACUACAGGAUAUUCAUUUCCGUGUGGAUUUUCUUUUGCAUAGUUUCUGGUAUUUUUUCUAUAAUUUUGACAACUUUAGAUCUCAUUAGUUCUGCCAUUGCUGAUUCGACUAAUAGCUGUUCGAAGUAGCUUUGUAUAAUUCCCGUUCUUUUUUUGUAUGGGCCAUUCCACGAACAUACGCCUGUUUUGGAUUAUUUUGACAACGAAUAUUUUAAUGUGCAACAUAAGAAGUACGAAAGUAAAUGGCGCUAAUAAUUAUUCCAAUAAACAAUAAUGUAAUUUGCAAUUUACUUUCGUUCUUCUUAUUUUGCACAGUAAAAUAUUCGUUGUCGAAGUAAUCCAAAACAGGCGUAUGUUCGUGGAAUAGGGUAUACUGUACAAUCGUCCAAAAAUAUUUCAUGUUCAGUACCAGAUGUAGAAUAGUCUAUAAUAGUACAAGUACAAGAUCAUUUUUCAAUCUAUAUGGUUUUUGAUCAAAAGAUAUUACUUUUAAAAUAUACUCAAAACUACUUUAAAAUGCGUAAAUCUUCUAUAUAUUAUUUGUUAAUUUUUAAUUAUUCAAUAAAAAAGUUCAGGGCCAGUAUCAUGUGAAGAUACGUUGUUUUUGGGAUCUUAGGACGUAGUCUUGAAUUAUUCUUUUCUAAUAACAGCAGAAGAUAUGUCAAAAGUCUCAAAAUCAAUAUAUUCUUGCAAAUAAUCAUUGCUUGGCGUCUAUGUGACAUUCUGGCAUAUCAACCCUUAGUUCAACCUUCUCCAAAAAAGCAAAUUUUUUGGGUUCAAUUACUAAUGUUUGUAUGCUUUUAUUUAUAUAAAUUUUUAUUUAUAAAAAAUACAUAAACCACCACAGCGUGUAAUUUAUAGAUCGAAUAUUAUAUUUAUUUAAAAAUCUCUUUACAUAAAACACUUGUUUCGGUGAUUUUUGGAAGGAUAUAUUGUUCAUAAGCGAAUGAUCACCUCAGGAGAGAUAUAUCUCUAGUAGUCAGCAAUAUUGAAGGUUUUCUGAAGUACUCUUUAAAUUUAAAAAUCUUUUUACAUAAAACACUUGUUUCGGUGAUUUUUGGAAGGAUAUUUUGUUCAUAAGCGAAGGAUCACCUCAGGAGAGAUAUAUCUCUAGUAGUCAGCAAUAUGGAAGGUUUUCUGGAGUACUUAGACAUAAAUACGUAGGAAGCUAAAGUUAUAAUAAAAAUUUAGUAAUGCUAAAACCACAUAGCCUCAAUAGAAAUGCUGUGGUUGCUAACCUCAACAAAAGAGUAUAUUAUCAACUUUCGAAGUUUGAAUAUCUAGCUAGACUAUAACAAUAAUAACGAAUGGGACUGUGACAUAGCGCAUUAGGAUAUGGAUAGAAUAAAAUUUGUUGCACUUAAAAAGCAAUAAUGUAGCAUUACGGAUUACGGGUUAUUAUAGUCCUGCGAACAAACUAAGAGAGUCGUUAAUAUUCAGCUCAACGGGGUACGAUUGAUGGAAUUAUGUACUUAAAUAAACGAGGGAUCAUUUUAUAUAACAGGUAGAUCCCUUAUCGAUAGAAUUUCACACCUUGAAGAAUAGCGCCCCGCUGAGCGAAUAUUAAUAACUCUUAGUUUGGUUGCAGAACUUUAAAUGCUAUGUUUUUUCUUAAUUGAACCAGUUUUUUCUUAAUUGGAGAUAGAGGGGCUUUAGCAGCUUUUAAAUAGUAUUAAUACAAAAGGAGAAAGACUCGGACUGAACAUAAACGUAACUAAAACUAAGUUCAUGAUAUUUCAUCGAACAAAAUAUAACAUGAUAUUACAUGUCAAUUGAGCACAAAUAGAAAAAGUUAAAAGAUUUAUAUACGUGGUCAGUGAUAUUAUUGGUGCUGAAACGUGGACAUUAAAAGCAAACAUCCUUAACCAUCGUCAUUCUCUUUGCCUUAUCCCUAUGCGGGGCCGGCUUCUCUAAUUGCACUUCUCCACACAAUUCUAUUUUGGGUCAUAUCAAUGUUAAUCCCCUUUACCAACAUGGCCUGCCUUAUCGUUUCCCCCCAGGUCUUCUUUGGUCUUCCUCUCCUACUCCUUCCAGGAAUCUGCACUUCAGCUAUUCUUCGUAUUGGGUGAUUAACGUCUCGACGUUGAACAUGACCAAACCAUCUUAACCUAUGCACUCAUCCAUCUAAGCAUUCUCAUUUCCGCCACAUGCAUUCGUUGUUCCUCUUUCUUUUUCACUGCCCAACAUUCAGUUCCGUGCAUCAUAGCCGGUCUUAUGGCUGUUUUAUAGAAUUUUCCCUUCAGCUUCAUUGGAAUUUUUCUGUCACACAACACACCACUCGCUUCUUUCCACUUUAUCCAUCCAGCCCUAAUUCUACUGCAUGCAUCUCCAUCUAUUUCUCCAUUACUCUGUAAUACCGAUCCUAGGUACUUAAAAACUAUUGCUUUUCACAAUCAUUUCACCUUCCAAAGAUACCAUUUUAUUUGUAGUAACUCCAUCUUUAAAUGAACAUUCCAAAUACUCUGUUUUUGUCCUACUAAGUUUUAAACCUUUUUCCUCCAGAGCUUGUCUCCACUGUUCCAGUUUUUGUUCUAAGUCUCUUUCACUAUUUCCUAUUAACACUACAUCAUCAGCAUACAUUAGGCACCAUGAAAUACUACCCUGACUAAGCACCGAGCCUUGGUGCAAUCCUACUUUCAGCUGAAAUUUAUCAGUCUCUCCCACACCUGUCCUAACACUAUUCGUUACUCCCGCAUACAUAUCUCUCACAAUCUUUACAUAUUCGCCAGGGACUCCUUUCUUAUUGAGUGCCCACCACAGAAUCUCUCGAGGAACUCUAUCAUAUGCUUUCUCAAGAUCAAUGAAUACCAUAUGAGCGUUGGCUUCUUUAUUCCUGUAUUUUUCCAUCAGUUGCCUUACAAUGAAAAUUACAUCUGUUGUUGAUCUGCCCUGCAUAAAGCCAAAUUGAUUAUCGGAUAUUCCGGUUUCUUCACGUAUCCGUCUAUCAAUUACUCUCUCCCAUAUUUUCAUGGUUUGGCUAAGUAAUUUUAUAGCCCUGUAGUUUGUGCAUUGUUGUAUGUCUCCCUUGUUUUUGUAGACAGGUACUAAUAUACUGCUUCUCCAUUCGUCUGGCAUUUGUCCAACUUCCAUAAUUCUAUUAAAUAGACCUGCUAGCCAACUUAUUCCUGUCUCUCCCAAUGCUCUCCAUACUUCCCCAGGAAUAUCAUCUGGUCCGACUGCUUUUCCUUUCUUUAUUUUUUGAAGCGCUUGAGCCACUUCCCCGUUUGUUAUUCUGGUAACCAUUGCUGUUACUGUCUCCGUUAACUCCACAGGCUGUCUGUCAUAUUCUUCAUAUAAUAAACUGUCAAAAUACUUUCUCCAUCUCUUUUUGACAUCCUUUUCGUGAAUUAGUAUUUUAUUAUUUUCAUCUUGGAUAGGUACAUCUAAUCUGAUUAAAAUCUCUUGCUUUCUGUGCUCUCUGUUUGGCCAUUUUAUAUAUUUUUGCUUCGCCUUUCCUGGUAUCAAGUUGUUCGUAUAGGUUUGAAUACGCUUCUGCUUUAGCUUUUGCUACUGCUACUUUCGCUUUCUUUUUGGCGACCAUACAGUUUUGAAGAUCUAUGUCCGAUCUGGUUUCUUGCCACUUUUUAUAUAAUUUUCCCUUCUCUUUUAUUUUUCCUUGUACUUCAUUUGACCACCACCAAGUCUCUUUAUCCUCAAACUUCUUUCCUGACGUUUUCCCAAGCAUUUCAAUAGCCAUCUCUCUAAUAAUAUUGGCCAUUUUUCUCCAAAUUGUGUUAGGGCGUCCUUUCAUGUUCCAACAUAUUUUUUCUACUAUUCUUUCCCUGAAUAGACCUUUCUUCUCAUCUUUUAGCAUCCACCACUUAAAUUUUUUGUGGUCCUCUCCGAUAUUUUUGUUUAGUUGCGCUUUUUACUUCGAUGUCCAGAACAAGCAGCUUAUGUUGUUGGCUUACUGUCUCACUAACUAUUACCUUGCAGUCCUUGCAUUCACGUAUGCCUUCUUUCCUUAUCCUGAAGUAGUCUAUUUGGGAUUGAUGUUGUCCACUUUUGUAGGUACAUAAUAAGCAAACAUCCUUAACCAUCUUAAGGAAUUCAAGAUGUGGUCACACAGAAAUAUGAUUUGCAUCUGAGGAGUAGAACAUGUUUAUAAUACAUAUGGUCUACAAAGGGCUAAUACUAAGACAACAUUAUUGAUCAGAAUACGGUGCAGUACCCAGGUCACGUACUGAGAGGUGAAAAAUGCCGCUUACUACAGCUGAUGCCUACAAAUUUUAAAGAAGUCAAUGAUACCUACAAAUUUGAAAAUUAACAGCCAUAAGAAGUGCUAUAGUGAUCGUCAACAUCCGUGAGACCGGGCAAGGCACUUAAAAGAAGAAGUACCUCUUUCUUUAUCAGACUCGAUACCACCAAUUUCUUUAUGCCCGAGCAGCGACGACAAAGUUCUUUGUUGAGGUUAGCCAGUUGCUUAAGAGACUGCUGUUCGUUGCUAUCAAGUUAUUAGAGAUUCAAAAUUGACAGAUUUCAAUAGAAUUCAGUCAUUUUGAAUUUUUGUUCACAAAAAAAUAAACAAUUAAAACGGUCUCCUGUAGAACAAGUUCUUCAUCUCCUGAUUAGUAAAGUCAUUGUGUCCUAGGAAUGCCAUCCAAAAGUUUAAAAGAAACAAGUUGUAAGAAUAAUAUUAUUAUCUCUGAACUAUUUUUAUAACUACAAAUACUCUGAUUAUACUAAUUCAUAAUAACAAGUUAUAUGUAAAUGUAUCAAAACCUAUUUGAAAAACUAGUACCUUCACAUUGUACCAACAGUAGUAAACAUGUCUCACGUGUCUGAUAAUGUCGUUCUCAUUUUCUUAAAAUUUCCUACGUUUGUACAGAUAAUGUAAAAAGAUAGUUGACGUUAAGAUUUGUAAAAAAUCUUUGUUCAAUGCAAGUUGUGAAUUUAAGUGAAAGAAAAUUCCGAUCGCGUUUCAUUUGGUAUGUUGUUGUUAUUUUUGUAAAUAAUAAAGUAUUGUUAAUUAUGAUUA